CGCGACGCGAAGGGCUAAAUCGCCCCUAGCUUGGAGAAGGGUUAAUUUGCCCCUAGGCUCAUGAAGGGCUAAUCCGCUCUAAUUUUUUUACCGUAUAUUCUCUUCUCUCGUUUUUUUCGGCAACAGGCCGUCUGCUGGGCUCGGCGUCUAUACUUCCGUUUGUGUCUCCGUAAUCGUCUAGAUCCGACCUGUUCGUCUGCGAAACAUACUUAGUGCCGCGAACCCAGCCCUCCCGUACCCCUAUCGUACCCUACCCGCGUUCCCCGGGGUCAGAUGAUGGUCCCGCGCGGUGCACCCCUGCCGCAUCGCACCACCGCGGCGAUCCCCGCGGUUGCGAUCCUCUGCGACCCAUGCGACGUGCGUGCGUCGCAUGCGUGCCGAUCAACCGAGCCGCGUGCGAGGAACCCCCUGUCGUGCGACCGGGUGUUCAGAUCCGCUCCAACCGCGACCGUCGCAGCAGCAGCAGCAGCAGCAGGAGGAGGAGGAGGGUUACCGAAGAGCCGCGCCGCGCAUAACCUGCGCGCGACGCCGCUACUCCAUCCCACGCGGUUCCUCCGAACCCGAAGCGCGCGAAAGCUUCCUAGCUACUCGCCGUCCUCUCACCGUAUAGCCGUUUCCGCCGCGAGCGCUGCGAGCCAAGCCCCGGGCGGAUCUGAACCGUCCAGGUCGACGAUCGGCGAGAUCCGGGAAGAGGAGUAUGGGGGGAAGCCUCGCGGAAGGUUCCUGCAGGAUGACGUGGGACCGAACGAGGUGGUUCUGGAGGCCCAGGCGCGCGUGUGCACGGGGCCGACUCAAACCAGGGCUUUAAGCGAAGACGAAAUGCGGCGCGUUUUGGAGCAGAUUCUCCUCUCAGCCAAGGGCGAGCUCCCCCCUUCCGAGCGCGUGUCAAGGGCGCAGAUGGGCGCGUUCUUCGCCGGCAUGACGGUGCGCGCCAACUGCUUUCCGCCGCCCACCCAGUGGACGGAGGGGGAGAGGAGGGCGCUGGACGACAUGUGGCCCUCCCUCAGAUACCACCUCCCCCGCGAUGUGCUGUUCCUCGCCGACCCACAGGGCUCCAUCUUCAACGACGCGCUGCCUGUGGGCCCCACCUUCCUCGGGUUUGGGUCCGAGGAGGAGGCUCAGGUGGUUGGGGACCUGAGGGACAUUCUCUGUGGCGUGCACCUUGGCUUUCAGGAAACCAUGUCGCUGCUGCAGAGCCUGCUGCCCAUGAGAGGGGGCAAUGGGGAGGAGGAGGGGGUGGGGGGAGUGAGUGACGCGCUGGUAGCAGCGUACCUGAUCGCCAUUCGCAUGAACCGAGAGACGGACCGAGAGCUCAAGGCGUUCUGCCUGGCGUUUGAUCAGGAGCUGGGUCCAGCACCGGUGGCCAACGUCCCUUCACUGACGCACUACGGUGACCCCUACGACGGCAGCACGCGCUACUUCCGCCCGACCCUCUUUGUGGCGGCAGUGCGGGCGAGCUGUGGGGAGGCAUGUCUGCUGCACGGCGUGGACUCUUUCCCUCCCAAGCUCGGAGCAACGGAGGAGGCGAUGCUGAGGCUGCUGGGGGGCAACACUAGCCUCUCCCCGGCACAAGCUGCUGCUAUUCUCGAGGACCCUCAAGUGCGCAUGGCCUAUCUCAGCCUCAAGGACUGCUCUCCAUCCUGCUACUCAUUGGUUGACAUGCGGAGGCACAUCAAGAAGCGCCCAACGUUUGCCACCACUGAGAAAGUGCAACGUUACAUUCAUGCAUCAGGGCGGGAGGCGAUGGUGGCUGGUUUCUACCAUGAGGGCUAUGAGGAACCUCUUCUGAUGCUCAUGCGCCGGCAGCCCGUGGAGGCUGGGCUCGUGGUGAAGGGCGAGGAGGGCUCCCUUGCUCUCAUGACCCGCCGCCCCGCCCCAGAUGCUCCCAAGAAAGGCCGCCCGGUGAACUACUGCGCGGGUUUCCGGCCGGGGAACGGAGGGAGUGGGGAGGAGGGGAGGGGAGGGGGGAGGGGAGGGGGAGGAGGGGAAGGGGGUGAGAGUGGAGGGGAGGAGGAUGGGUUCUACCGAGAGACGUUUUCGAUGGAAGCUGAUGCCAUGGCUGUGGCAAUUCAAGAGACGCUCACACCGAGGAUCGACCGAUCGCCCCAGAAGAACCUGGAUUUGGGUCUGGAAGCACUGCGAGGAACAAAGGGGCCAGCGUACGAUAGGGUAGUGUUCAAUGCAGCCGUGCAGGACCACCUGCUGGGGUAUGGGGCGAGGGCUAUUGGGUUGGCAGCAGCAGUAGAGAGGGCGAGAGAGGCGGUGGAUAGUGGGCGAGCGAUGAGGCACCUCAUGGGGUAUGUGGAGCGAAGCAAGCAGAUGCAGUGAUGAGGGUUGCAGUGCGGUGAUACUGGGUGCACUGCAGUGGUGGUAACUGUUCAAUGCAGCAGUGCAGGAUCACCUGCUGGGGUAUGGAGCGAGGGCUAUUGAUCUGGAAGCAGCGGUGGAGAGGGCGACAGAGGCGGUGGAUAGUGGGCGAGCGAUGAGGCACCUCAUGGGGUAUGUGGAGCGAAGCAGGCAAAUGCGGUGAUGCUGGGUGCAGUGCGGUGCUUCAAUGCAGCGGUGCAGGACCACCUGCUGGGGUUUGGGGUGAGGGCUAUUGGGUUGGCAGCGGUGGUAGAGAGGGCGAGAGAGGUGGUGGAUAGUGGGCGAGCGAUGAGGCACCUCCUGGCAUAUGUGGAGGGAAGCAAGCAGAUGCGGUGAUGAGGGGUGCAGUGCGGUGCUGGUGUUGUCCAUAGCAGUAAUGCAUGAUUAUUGCUGGGGUAUGGGGCAAUGGCCGUGGGAGUAGCAUGUGCCUUUUAUGGUGGAUGGCACUGUAGUGUAGCAUAGAAUGGCAUGUGCCUUAUAUGGUAUAUGGCGCUGUAGUGUAGCGGAGAAUGGCAUGUGCCUUUUAUGGCGUAUGGCGCUGCAGUAUAGCGGAGAAUGCCAUGUGGUAUUUAUGAUGUAAGGUGCUGUGGUUUAAUGGUAUGUCUGCGUUGGUGGUGCUCUAUGGUGGUGUACGGUAGCAACACAAACCAGGACCUCUUGUGAUGAUGUAUAUACGGUAAUACAAACAGGCAUAGAGC